AACAAAUUUAAGCCUAAACUGACGUGUCUUUUAAAAGGCUAAAAUAAGUACAUUCAUACUUUACAUUAGUUGUUGUUGGUGUACAUACGUGAUUUUGUUGGUGGCUUAGAAAGAAUACGUGAAAAGAGAAAGUGUUCAUCCAUUAAAUGAAUUAAAGACCUGAAACAAAAAAUUCCACAAGAAAUCUUCUUGUUUACAGAUCAAAAUGACCAAAGAUAAAAUUAAAGAUCAAAUUCCCCUAAUGAAUGGUAAAUUACAACAGAAUGGCAAAAGCCACAAAUUCGAGGCCAAUUCAAUGCCGCCACAGAAAUCCCUGGUAACUGCAUAUAUACUGUGGCUGUUUGGUGGCAUUUUUGGUUUACAUCACAUAUAUUUGCAUCGUGAUCGUCAUGCCUUUAUAUGGUGGUGCACACUGGGUGGCUACUUUGGUGUGGGCUGGGUAUUUGAAAUCUUCAACAUACCCAGUUAUGUGCGAGAUGCCAAUGAAGAUCCAAAAUUUAUAGAGGAAUUUGUUAAGAAACUACAACACUAUCGUAAACCACCUUAUUCGGGUAAACGUUUUAUGGGCGAAGUAAUGAUUGGUUAUCUGUUUGGUCAACUAUAUCAGAUGGCUAUACCGGAGACUAUUUUUAUGGGUAUAGACUUUGGCUUCUUACAUUGGCUAAUACCUGUCUUUGUGGCGUUGGGUGUUUGGACUGUUGGCAAUAUAGGCCGUGAAAAGGGUGUGCUGUGGCAUUGUCUCUUAGCCGCAUUUGCUUCCUAUCCAGUGCGCUAUUUUAUUUAUGAUGAAACCUAUACCCUGCUUAUAACCGCCUUGGCUUCAGCUCUUAUUUUCGAUCACUUCUCCAAGGAAUGGUUACGCACUCCACCCAAAAGACGCGGUAAACUGGAGAGAACUUUGAAAUUUACCGGUGCUUUGUGCAUUUACUUCUCAUUCUGGGGUUGUUUCCUCUACUUCAACGGCACCAUUUCCGAUGAAGAUGGCAAUGAAGUGCCCGUACACGAAGCUUUCCAAAACUUCUUAGCCUCUGCCUGGUGGACGGAUAUAGCUCAGGCCUUGCAAGACACCUACAACUAUGCCCAACAUCAUGGCUGGUAUGAAACUUGGAAGGAAAUCUUUGAAUCUAUGGAUGUAGAUGGUGAGCGCAAUUCCUACAAGGUUUUGGGUGUAAGUGCUACUGCUUCGCAAUCGGAAAUCACGUCAGCCUAUCGAAGACUCUCGAAAGAAUAUCAUCCCGACAAGGUUAAAGAUGAGACACAAAAGGCAGCCGCCAAUCAACGUUUCAUAGAGAUUCAACAAGCCUACAGUGUCUUGUCGAAAAUUAAGUCAUCACGCCGUCGCAAAAAUACAAAAUCUAUUGACGAUGAACCCAUUGUUCUGUAAAACUACAAGUGUUUGCAUUUAUUUUCUAAUCAAAUUAUGACUGAAUUCAUUUACAAUGUACGAGUAUUUUUCAUUUAUGUAAGUCUGCAUUGUUAGAUUUAAUUUCCUUCAAAUGCUUUCAAAAGUGUGUUUCGUUACUUACAACCAGUGCAUUCUGUUUUAACGAAAAUAUUUUUUAAUGUUUAUAAUGUUAAAUUUUAUUUAUUUUUUUCCUUAAUUUUUAGCUAUAAGAUAAACGAAAGUUAGUUUUAAGUAUGUACUUAAUAGUUUUUUUUAAACAUUUGUGAAAUUUAAUAAAACCUAAGAACAAUA